UCCGAGAUCCUUGCGGCACCACCGCAUGCCUUCCUGCGUGCGAUGAGAAUAUCUGUUCCGCUCCGAAGGUGUUGCGACGAAACCGAACAACAAACCUCCUAUUGUAGCCAAAACGAGAAUUCCAACGCUUUAAUUGGUAAGCGUGACACGCCGCGAGUCAUUUUUCAACGAUCUCCAUUGUAUUAUGAUGUGGCCAGCGAGGGAUGCAAUCAAGUUCAACAAGCUAACUGCUAUGAUAAAAGUGUUGGAGAUUGCUGCGAACAAAGCUAUCAAACGCAGGUUUCGGAUGAAGAAGGACAAGGAUUUAUGUUGGUAGACCAAAAGAGAUGCACUUUAAAUGACUUGGGAAGUGCGAGUUUCAAGGGUGAGAAGAGAUUAUUUUUAAAUUCCGAUAAUUGUGCCGAGAACACUUGUUUAACAGCGGCGAUAAACAAUUACAACGUGGCCGAAAUGGAAAAUAAAGAGAACGAGGUUGAAAGUUGCAAUACCUGCAUGAAUAACUAUGACAUCAUUCAUCGAAGAGGAUUGAUAUAUCUUGUUAAUGGAAAUCUGGACGAUUCGGCGGGGUGA